GAUUCCGUCAUCGACUUUGAAGCCGUUCUUGCGUCCGGCGAAAUUGUUCAUGCAAACGCUCAAGAGCAUCGGGCCCUCUGGAUUGCGCUUAAAGGAGGCUUAAACAACUUCGGAAUUGGUACUUCGAUGAAAAUGAAGACAUUUGAGUCUGGCCCUAUAUGA